AUGAUUAACAAUUACGAUAUUUCCUUCAUCAUAGAACCAGUCGAAAAAAGGGGAGGACUUUUUCAAGGUUCCAUCAUUACUGCAACGAAUAUGAAUGCACUAAAUUAACACAAUAUUACAUGCGUUCUCUCAGUUUGUUCUGAAUUUAAAAUUUAAUACGGUCCAGAGAUCAACAAUCUAAUAUUAGAUUGCCAUGACACUCCUCUUUUUGAUAUGACUCCACUUUUUGAACAAGCUCAUGCGUACUUAGAAUCGUCUAGACAAUACACUAAUGUUUUAGUCCAUUGUCAUGCUGGCAAAUCAAGAUCAACAGCUAUUGUUGUCUCCUAUUUGAUGAAAAAAAGAAACCUUAAUCUAGAAUAAGCCUUAAUCUAUGUUAAAUAUUAGAGACCCAUAGCUUCUCCUAAUCCAGGUUUCAUUAAAUAACUUUUAUUAUAUGAGCAAAACUUGUAUGGUAGAAUUACUUCAGUCUUAACAGAGUCAAUAACUCCCUAUUUCCAAAUACAAUAAUAGUUGUAAGCAAUGUCACCUACUAAUACUCCUUCAAAAUAAAGAACAUCCAUUUAAGUUUUAGAUAAUUAUUCUGAUACAAAAAGACAACCUUUAAAUUCUCCCAUUCGAUCUAUUCCUGCUAGCUUCCCAUUAAUUGUUUAAUCUCCUCCAUAAUAAAAAUCAUAAGCCACUCAAGAAUUGCCCUAAUUUACUACCCCUUAAAUACAAAAAAAUCCAAAUUAAAAUGCAUUUUCAUUUCAGUAACCCAUAUCUAUUCCAUUCACUGUUCCAAUAUCUAAAGAAAUUGUUUCUGCAGUUAAGAAAAAUAAUGAAUAAUAAAAAGGUGAAUGA